GGAAGCGGCCGCCGCGCGUCGCGCCCGCCCGGGCUUCCCUGUGGCGCUGCCGGCCUCGUCGGGCCUCGCCCGCCCGCCCCGCCCGCAUGGCCGAGCCGCCCCGGGACGCCGCGGCCGCUGAGUCCGCGGCGGGCGCCAGCCCGCGCGCCGCCCCCGACGACGCCGCGAGCCGCCGACACGUGUCCAUCCAGCGGCACCUCGCGGACCUGGAGAAACUGGCCCUCGCGCCCGAGGAGGACUUGGCCGCCGGCGGCUCCCUGGGCUCCGAUCACGAUGCAGGGAGCAGACAGGCGUGCCCCCUGUGCCCUAAGGAGAAGUUCAGGGCCUGCAACAGCCACAAGCUUCGCCGGCACCUCCAGAAUCUGCACUGGAAGGUCUCCGUCGAGUUCGAAGGGCACAGGAUGUGCAUCUGUCACUUACCAUGCCGGCCCGUGAAGCCCAACACCGUGGGCGGCGAGCAGGUGUCCGGUCAGAUGGGCGCCCACUACCACUGUGUCAUCUGUGCCGCCACGAUCACCAGACGGACCGACAUGCUGGGCCACGUGAGGCGCCACAGGAAUAAGGGCGAGACCAAGUCCAGGUACACGGCCGCUUCUGCUGCUAAACCAAGUAAUGAAAUUUUGAAAGAGGCAGACACAGAUGUGCAAGUCUGUCCUAACUAUUCUAUACCUCAGAAAACAGAUUCCUAUUUCAAUCCCAAAAUGAAGCUAAAUAGGCAGCUGAUCUUCUGCACUCUGGCGGCCCUGACUGAGGAGCGGGCGCCUGUGGAGUGUCUGGACGCCUUUGGAGCCACUGGGAUAAUGGGAUUACAGUGGGCAAAACAUCUCGGGAGUGCUGUCAAGGUUACAAUUAAUGACUUGAAUGAAAACUCUGUGACAUUGAUUCAGGAAAACUGCCACUUGAACAAACUGACAGUGGCGCUAGACACCGAGGGCAAGGACGCGAGCGCAGAGGAGAGCCCGGGGAAGGUCACGGUCACCAGGAUGGACGCCAACGUGCUGAUGCACUUGCGAGCGUUUGACUUCAUACACCUUGACCCUUUCGGCACCUCGGUGAACUAUCUGGACUCCGCGUUCCGAAACGUCCGCAACCUUGGCAUCGUGUCGGUGACGUCCACGGACCUCAGCUCUCUGUACGCCAAGGCCCAGCACGUGGCCCGGCGCCACUACGGCUGCAACAUCGUCCGCACGGAGUACUACAAGGAGCUGGCGGCCAGGACUGUCGUCGCUGCAGUGGCGAGGGCCGCCGCCCGCUGUAACAAAGGCAUUGAGGUGCUGUUUGCCGUGGCUCUGGAGCACUUUGUGCUGGUGGUGGUGAGAGUGCUGAGGGGACCCACGUCCGCCGACGAGACGGCCAAGAAGAUUCAGUACCUGAUCCACUGCCAGUGGUGUGAGGAGAGGAUCUUCCAGAAGGACGGGAACAUGGUGGAAGAAAACCCCUAUAGACAGCUGCCGUGUCAGUGCCAUGGAAGCGUGCCCGGGAAGACGGCCAUCGAGCUCGGCCCUCUGUGGUCAAGUUCUCUUUUCAAUACUGGCUUCCUCAAGAGGAUGAUGUUCGAGUCCCUCCAUCACGUCCUAGAGGACAUUCAGCCCCUCAUCAAGACUCUGAUCUUCGAGUCCGAGUGCACGCCUCAGAGUCACUGCUCAGGUGUCCCCUCCUCCAACCUCAGCAAGCAAGAAGAAUACGGUGUAUUUAUUAAAACUACAGACGAUGCCACAGCCGAUAAUUACAUUGCUCAAGGAAAGAGAAGAAGCAGUGAGCCCCUCACGAACACGGCCAAGAGGCAUAAGAGCGAGGGGAGUGCGGAGCACCCGCCUUUCUACUAUAACAUCCACAGACACAGCAUCAAAGGCAUGAACAUGCCCAAGCUGAAGAAGUUCCUGUGCUACCUUGCCCAGGCCGGCUUUCGAGUGAGCCGGACGCACUUCGACCCAAUGGGCAUCCGUACCGACGCACCCCUGAUGCAGUUCAAAUCCAUCCUCCUCCAGCACAGCACCCCCACCUACACCGGGGGGCAGGUGGAAGGGCCCAUCCGCUCAGCAGCUGAGGACACAGCUGCCGACAGGGUCGAAACGUCCUGAGGGACGAGGCAGGAAAAUACACAGGGCAGGUCUCGUGCAGAAAGGAGCGAUUUCGAAUACAGCUGGUGGGGAGGCUGUGCUUUCCCGGCUUUAAGAGAAAACAUGAAAAUUGAUUGGAACACUUAUGUGACGCCAAGUAGUGUAUGCUGAGGCCCCUCGGCUGCUGAGAAAGUCCAUUUUCCCUGUGCCAGGUGUAGAGUUGUCCUUGACGCACUUGAUCACGUGUUGCUGUUUGAAUCCUGUGUCGUCCUGAGGCGCUGUGACCUGUGCAGCUCGCACCGGUUCCACACGGGCACCGUUCCCGCACCUCCGCAGGCUACCAAGGGUCCCUCCUCUCAUCACCACCCCCCAGCCCGUCACAGCACCUCCCAGACAGUUGCUGUCCCAUCUGUUCAAAGGGCGGCAGUGCCUAUCACUUACUCCCGGGAUCCUGAAUGACCCAGAAACGCCACCAAAUUGAAACCGGUGACCAGCUGCUAAGAAACCGCACAGCGAGGGGCCCACAAUCAACCUUUGUGCUUUUGAGAAAUCCUGCCUAGAUAAUUUCCUAAUGUGUUUGUGGGAGGGUCCGGACAAACCUCAGAGUGUGUCCGGGGUUUUGUCCAAGUGAGCAGAGACCGUCCCCCUGCUAAGUGCUUUCGGCAAGCACGGGCACUGUGGAGUGAUUCUGUGCGGUGGGCAGAUGGGGUGAUCUUGUGUGACACGGUUAGUGCAUGGGCCCCCGCUUGGUUGUGCUACCUCUCAGACGCAAAUCUUGACCCCUUAGGAAGUGAGCAUUUUUGUUCUGCUGUUAUGUGCUGAUUUGUGUGUGUGUGUGUAGUUACCCAAGCCAACGUGACUAUGAAGAUGAGUUGGAAAAAGUCUUGUUUCCAUUAUUAUCGUUCUUGCUUCAUUUAAAAUAUAAAAUUUUGGAGAAAAAAAGUGGCA